GGGGGGUGGGACCCUCGCGUAUAAAGGGGCGCGCGAGGACUGGGCGUUCCACAGGCCAAGUGCUCUGCGCUCGGUGGGUGCCAGCCAGGCCAGAGCCAGCCGAGCGACCGAGGACAGGCACAGAGGGGGCGCGGCCGCAGGUCGGACGACACCGCGAGCGAGCCUCAGGAGCAGUCAGCGUCCCGACAGCCAGCGCAUUGGCAAUGGAGCGCCUGGUCGCCCGCCGCAACUUUCCCAUGAUCGCGCGCACCAGCGCCUGCCGCAACCUCUUCGGGCCGGUGGACCACGAGGAGCUGGGCCGCGAGCUGCAGAUGCGCCUGGCAGAGCUGAACGCCGAGGACCAGCGUCGCUGGGACUACAACUUCCAGCUGGACAUGCCACUGCCGGGCCCCGGGCGCCUGCAGUGGACCGAGGUGGACAGCGAGUCCGUGCCCGCCUUCUACCGCGAGACGGUGCAGGUGGGGCGCUGUCGCCUGCUCCUGGCGCCUCGUCCCCGCCCGGACGGCGCGGCCAAUAGCCCGCCUCCCGGGGCGCUGGCCGAGGAGUCCCUCGACGGCCUCGGGGAGGCGCCGGCGUCGCCGUCCAGCGGCCAGGCCGUAGCGCCUGCCCAGGCCGCGGCCCCGGCGCCUCAGGAGGGCGCCGAGCAGGAGGCGGUCCCGCCGCCGCGCAGCCAGGAGCCCCAGGCCGAGCCGCCGCACUCAGGGAUUUCGGGGCGCCCCGCGCCGGGCACUGCCGCCGCUGGCACCAACACCGCCGCCAACGCCGCCGGUGCUGCCACCACUGCCGCCGCCGGAGGCGCCGCGAUCAAGAAGCUGUCCGGGCCUCUCAUCUCCGGCUCCCCGGCCCGCCCCGCCCUGACCGGCUCCGCGCGCUGUCGCCGGCAGACUUCUUCGCCAAGCGCAAGAGACCCGCGCCCGAAGCCAAGGCGUCGAACGAGGUUCCCGCGGGAUGCGCCGCGCCUGGCGCCGCUCCAGCCGUCGGCUCGGCUGAGCAAACCCCGCGCAAGCGGCUGCGAUGAGAGCCUCUUGCCCAAAGAGCCCUGACGGAGCCCGUCGGGCAGCGGACAGAAGAGGAGCGCUGGGCCUCGGCUGGGACCGUCCAUGUAGCAGCAACCUGCGGCAGCUGCCGCGAAGCGUUCGGUUUCGUGUUUAAAGUUUGACAACUGUGCAAUGUAUUAAUAACGUCUUUUAUAUCUAAAUGUAUUCUGCCCAAGGAGUACACUGGUCCCAAGGUGUAAAGCUUUAAGAGUCAUUUAUAUAAAAUGUUUAAUCUCUGCUGAAACUCAGUGCAAAAAAAUGAAAAAAGACAAAAAAAAAGGAAAAAAGAAAAAAAACCUGUAUAUUUGUACAAAAAUUUUUAAAGUUAUACUAACUUAUAUUUUCUAUUUAUGUCGAGGCGUGGGCCGCUCUGCCACGCCGCAGCUCGGUUAUUGGUUAUGCCAAAGGCACCUCACUCGCAUCUGGUUAUCAACAAGUGUAAAUUUAUUUUUUGUAGCCUAUUCUGGGGGGUGGGGGUCACUCACAAGCUGUAGCUGCCGUACAAGCCCAUCUAGCUUGCAGUCUCUUCGCGCUUUCGCUGUCCCUUUUUACUAUUAUGAUUAUUUUAAACUUGAAGACAAAUCUGUUUUUUUUUGAAAUGGUUCCUGAGCCGUCUGCACCACUGCCCCGGCUCCUCGUCCGCCGGGUUCUAAAUAAAGAGGCCGAAACAUGCUGCAACUCA